UCUCAGAGUGAGGGAACCUGCAGAACAUGGGGAGUGAGUGACGUCUCCGCUCCAUGGUGUUUGAGGCUCGUCGAUGCUGUGGAUGAUGUGAGAGGAGCCGCCGCAGCAAGUUUGCAGAAGACGAGUGAAGAUGAGAGGCAUGGUGUGGAUUUGUGUCCUGCUGGUUUGUUUUUCUGAAGCGUGGAGUCUGGAUCCAGGAACUAAUGAGCGCCGCCCGGCAAACGGCACCACUGUCUUUGUUCGCAGUGCGUUCACGUUCGACGCCGGGAGCCAGGUCAACCUGACGUGCAGCAAAACCAUGUCGAACAGAACGAUUUAUGUCAUCUGGCGUGUAAAGCUGAAAAACAAGGAGUGCUACAUAUCCAUAGAGAACAAUCAAACGGUGGACAAGUGCCUCGACGGGAAGUCACUGCAGCACUCCAACCUGCUCAUCCCGAACUUCUCCACGGAGGACGUGGGGGUGUACAAGUGUGAGUUUGUUUACUCCGGAGGAAAAGAGGAUCACAUUAUCGACCUCAGCAUCAUAGUUCCUCCUCAGACUCACGCCUGGUUGGAGUCCAAGAACAACAAGAUGGUGGCAGUGUGCAAAGCCGAAAGAGGAAAUCCUGCCGCCAACAUCAGCUGGAGCCACACAGGAAACGUGCUGUCGUACGAAGCGCUGCCGCAGGCGGAUGGAUUCGUGACCGUUGAGAGUCGACUGGAGCUUCCCGAAGACACUGACGUAGGCAACCUGAGCUGCGCCGUCAGCCACCCGUCCUGGGUUCAGGCCAGGAUCGUGAUGCCACAGGCUGAAAACGCUAAUUUUCCCUGGCUCUACAUAGUCAUUGCGGUGGUGAUAGUAACUGCCAUUUUCGUGGGAUCUGCAUCUUUUGCACUGAAGGCGUGGAGGCGAAGCCGACAAGCAGACGUCCCACCAUCGAAGCUUCCUCCAACGGAGUAUGUGGAGGAAGUGGAGCCCUAUGCAAGCUAUGUUCAGCGUGUUAACUCCAUCUACAACUCAUCCGCAGAUCUGUUCACUUGAAACGCCGCUCAGGCAACACACACGCACACGCACACACACUCACGCACACACACAUUUGCAGCAGUUUCCACGCUGAAGGCUGUGAAACCUGCAUUAUGCUGAGACAGUAGCGAAGGGAAAGCACGAUGAAAGACUUCCGUUUGGAGAGGGAAAUGUUUCGCACAAAGCCUGCCUGAUGGAACAGCAGCGCCGCCUGAUGCUCACAACACCCUGCGUCACUCUCAUGGAAAAUGUUCAUCAAUAUUUCUGAAGCAGUCCAAUGCAAGACCGAAAAAUGCAAUUUUGAGUCAAGCGUCGACCGAGGGCGUACAGAUAUUUGGUGGAAUUUUUUUUUCCUCAUUAUGAUCUACAGUUGUAUAUAAUUAGAGUUAUAUGUUAAUUAAUUGUGAAGUUCAAUACAUUUCAGGGAUUUUGUCUUAAUAAAAACACAGAACACUUGUAAUUAUUUGACACAACUGCCUCAUGAUUGAUAGAAAUGUUCAAGAAUUUGAAAUAGUUUGUAAUGAUCCCAUGCAGGACACAGCAGCAGGAUAAAAUCAUGAUAAAACUACAGAUGGUGAAUUAAACUAUUGAUCAUUUGAUUAAAAUAUAUACUAUAUUAUUGGAAGUGAAUUUAGAGUGUUCAAUUGAUCACAAAUAAUGAGAUAAGGUCAUUUCUUUGUGAAAAACAAAACAAAAGUAACUACUUUAUGUGAGUGAUGUAUUUUUUUUGAAUGAAUUUUAUUUAUAGCAUACAAAUCGUUUUUCACUUUGAUUAUUCUUUUAAGGAUCAAAGUGUGUAUUCAUAAAUGUACAGCUGGAGUGAAGCAACAGUUUCACUAGAAAUGAACCAUCCCAGUGUGAACUAGAAGCGUGGGCUGUUUUCACAAUGAAAGGAAAGAGUUUCUGAAGAAAGAAACAAGAAAAGGGGGUGUGUUUGCCCUCUGCUGGUCAAUACGCUGUCUGAUCAUAAAAUGCGGCACUGUGUGCACAAAACGCUGUGUGAUCUGAAACACUUUGAAUAAAUCCACCCAGGAAAAACUAAAAUACAGCUUGUUUACUCUCCGCAAAUAUUGAAAAGUUACUUUGAAAUGAGUGAAAUGAGUUUUCCCUCCCAGUUUUACUCCACGUGGAGCAUUUUGACUCAAUGCUGUAUGUCCAAUACUUUCAACAUAAUUUACAAAUUUACCAAAAAAAAGUAUAAUUUUCCUGAAUGUCCUUGUGCGGCGUUGCUCUCGGUACCAGCCUCCGAUAAGCCAGAGGUCAAAGUAAAGGUCACACCCACUGGAGUUGGUUUCAGGGUGUUAGAUGUGUUUCAGCAUAAAUUCACAACGAAAAGUGUGAUCAGUGCUGGGCCAUGAGCACCGCGCUCUGUGAUUAAUGCCCUCAUGGACUUCGUCUGCUGACAGAAAUAGGAAGUUAAGUUGGCCUCAGAAGCGUCUUUUCCACCCUCAUGACCUGACUCAUGCGGACUCGCCUGCACCACAACAACCCGCAACGCUCUGACCUCUACGAGUUUUUUAAAUAUGUGCAGAAAUGUCAUUGCUAAGUAAGCAGAAGCACGAAUGAAGAAAUGUGUUUAUAACUUUUCUGAUGAAUCAUGUGUCAGACAUAGCUUGGUGCCUGCUGAGCUAAAAAUAACGUUCGAACACCGGGCUCUGAGAAUGGGACUUCCUGAAACAAUCACCAGCAACGUGAUGCUUUGUGCAAACAGUGCAAAAAGUUGUUUUUGGAGCAAAAUUCUAAGAAAAAAGUUCAGAUUUAUUUAAACCGGGUGACACAUCUUCAAUCAACAAAACAAAUUUUGCUGUAGGUUUUAUUGAUGUGCAGUUAUUCUCAGUCAUUUCAGGAAAAACUCAUUGUAGCAUGGAGAUCUGGUUCAUUUAGACUUUUUUUAUAUCACCUAGUAGUUUGUAGUGAAAUAAUAAUUCAUAUACAUUUUGAAAGAGUUUAAAGCUUUGUAUAUUUUAGAUUUAAUGACAUUACCACCAGAACCGUGGCACAGAAAUGAUUCAUGUUGGUUUGCAUUUCGUCUGUAAAAAGUCCAAAUCCAACGCGUUCGCCCUCCUGAGGAAGCCGUGACUCUGUUGCACACUGAGUGGUGGUGUUGAGUCAUUUUGGCAUCAGGGUUGAUUUUUUAAUCCCCCAUUAUUUUUUGUCAUUUCAGUGUAUUAUUUCUAAUCCCUCUCAGUCCGUCCGUCCUUUAUGUCCGGCUGACUGCAGGUCAGUACAGGGGCUGCUUUGGACGGUUCAAGGAACUGAUAAAAUAAGAAAAACAAACAAAUCAGCAUUUUGAAAUCUGCAUUUCUGGAUGAUUCCACCUUUUCUACAUUCAUAUGUGCUCUCAAAAUGUUUCAAUCUCUAGAUUUUUUUUCAGCAAAUAAACUCUGCUGACUGUGUGGGG